AUGAACGAAAAUUAAUGGAUGAUUAGCCAAGCCCCUUGCUGGUUUAAGCUUAGUGAUAAAAAAGAGGAAAAGAAAUUGUUUUAUAAAGGAAGGAUAAAAGAAUCAACAGCUAAUUCUGAUCAAGUAUUGGUUUGUUAUGAAAAAGAUGAAUCAAACUAGGGAGAGGUUAUGAUAUCCAAACAAAAUAUUUUCCAAAGAGAUGAAAAUCAAUAAAAUUAGUUAUUUGAGGACAUGGUUAAUAUGGCAACAUUAAAUGAGUCUGAAUUAAUCAUCAACAUUUAGAAUAGAUACUCUCAAGAUUUAAUAUUCACAUAUAUAGGUCCUACUCUAAUAGUUAUGAACCCUUAUAAAAAACUAGAUGAGCAGUUUAGCCCCAAAGUUAUUUAGUCAAUUAAAGAUAAUUUAAAUUAGCAAAAGUAGCUCUUUAGCUUAUCUCAACAAAGUCCUCAUAUUUAUGCAAUAGCAGCUUUAUCUUUCAAGAAUUUAUUUUAGAACAAUAAAAAGCAAGCCAUAGUCAUUAGUGGAGAGAGUGGUGCAGGUAAAACUGAAAAUGCAAAAUAUGCUAUGAAGUUUUUAACUUAGCUAAGUAAUAAUUAAGAAUAGAGUUCAAAUAUAUAAAAAAGUGUAAUUAGUAUCGAAGAUCGUAUUCUUUCAUGCAAUCCUUUGUUAGAAGCGUUUGGUAAUGCAAAAACAGUUCGUAAUGACAACUCAAGUAGAUUUGGCAAAUAUGUUAAGAUUUUAGUAAAUAAAUAGUAAAGAAUAAUAGGAGCUUUCAUAACGAAAUAUUUGUUAGAAAAAAGUCGUGUCAUUCACUUAAGUGAGGGAGAAAGAAAUUAUCAUAUAUUUUAUCAUUUGCUAAUAGGAGGAGACAAAAAUAUUAUAUAAUAAGUCAGCUUAAGUGGAAAAAAGGUUGAAGACUUUGUUUAUUUAAACUAAAGUAGUUGUAGAAAUUUAGAAAAUAUGAAUGACUAGGAAAUGUUUUAGGGAAUUUUAGAUUCGCUAAGAAAAAUGAAUUUCUCAGAUAAUCUAGAGCUUUCAAUAUUUAAAUUACUUUCAGCAAUUUUGUAUUUGGGUAAUAUAGAAUUUGAUGACAAAGAAUAUGAUGUGAACACGCCUUGUAAAGUAUAAAAUGAAGAUAUGUUAUAAAUAGUAGCCACUUUAUUGUCAACAGAUAGCAAUCAACUUAAAGAAUCGUUUAUUAAAAAAGCCAGACAAACUCCUGGUUCAAUUAUAUAUUCUCCAGUAACAAAAAAUGAAUGCAUAAAUAAUAAAAAUACUCUCAGCAAAGCUCUUUACGAUAAAUUAUUUUCUUGGCUUGUAGGCAAAUUAAAUGAUGGAAUAAUACCUGAAGGCUAAGAUUUGCAGAAUUUAAAAAAUAGCGAUAUCUUAAAUAUUGGACUGCUGGAUAUUUUUGGAUUUGAAAAUUUCGAAUUAAACUCAUUUGAGUAAAUGUGCAUAAAUUACACAAACGAAUAUCUAUAAUAGUUGUAUAUAGCUUAUGUUUUCAAAAACGAAGAAAAGAUUUUCAUAGAAGACGGGCUUUCUAAAUAUCUUUCUAAUUUGAGUUACUAGGACAAUUAAGCCAUAUUAGAUUUAUUUGAUACUAACAGCGGAAUAUUUGCUCUUCUUAAUGAAAGUUGCUUAUUGAAAAACAGUACUGAUACUACUUUUUUAACAAAAAUAAAAGAAUAAAAUUAAAAUAAUAAAAAAUUGAUUUUUCCCAAGCUGAUAAAAUGUACUUUCACUAUAUGUCAUACUUAAAGCAAUGUUGAAUACAAUGUUGAAGGAUUUAGAGAAAAAAACAUGGAUGAAUUGAAUUAGGAGAUUUAGAAUUGCAUUUUAAACUCAAAAAAUUAAGAUAUUUUGGAAAUUUUUAGCUUUGAAGAACAGUCCAGUUAAGACAAAAGUAUGAAUAGUUAAUAAGGAAAAUUUGUUUCUAAUAACGCUAAAAAUAAGUAUUUGUGCUCAAAAUUUAAACAAUAAAUGACUGAACUUAUGGGUGAGCUUAAUUCUUCAGAUGUACACUUUGUUAGAUGCAUAAAACCAAAUGAAGAAAAGAAAAAAGAUCAUCUUAUUCAAGGCUAUGUGAUGCAGUAAAUAAGAUACUUAGGAGUUUUGGAGUCUAUAGAAGUCAGAAAACAUACAUAUCCAGUCAGAAAAACUUAUCAAGCCUUCUUCAUUUAAUAUAGGGUUUGCUCAGAUGUUUUAGAAUUUUCAAAAAGAACAGAUUAUUAAAAAUUAUGUUAAGAAAUUUUAAUUGAGUGCUUUAAAAGCGUUUCUGACAAAUAAGUUUUAUAUGGAUAGUCUAGGAUAUAUCUCAAGCAGGAAUUUGAAAUUUAACUUGAGAAACUUAAAUAAAAUUGCAUUAAAAAAAAACAAACAGCUGCUACUAUAUCCAUCCAAAAAAUAUUCAGAAGGCUUCAGUUAGAAAAAAAACAGAGAAAGAGUAUUCAAAUUAUAAGAUCAAUAUUUAAAUAAGUUUUGUUAAACCAUUUGUAUAAAGGUUUUGAGAAGAUAAAAUCUAAAGCUAAGGAAUAAACUUUUAUAAAAUUCUAUAAGAAAAUAGAUUAUUUCUUUAAAGUUAAUAAAGCAAUCUCUUUUUAUGCUAUAAAAGAGUUUUAUCUCAAAGUUAAAGCUGUAGAGGAAAUAGAAAGGAAAAAAUCUAUUUAUAGAUAAUAAGAAGACAUAAAAUUAAAGUAAUAAUCUUAAUAAAAUCUUACAAACUCAACUGAUUAAAGCUCAAAAAGACUUUCCUAGACUUAAAAUAAUAGCAAUAAUUUGUAAUCGAAUUCAAUGAACCACAAUAUUAUAUUAAGCGAUCAAUAUGAUAAAAACUUUUCCACAAACAUGAGCAAUUCAGCCUAUUUUACUUCUUAAGUUGAACCAAAUGGAGCAGUUAUAGAUUCUAACAAAUUCUACUACCAAGAUAAUUAAUAAAAUCUCUAUGUUACUAAUUAGAACGUUGACAUAAACAAUUAUAAUACUAAAAAUAUCUAAGACUGGAAUUAGUUUGCCUUUUAAGAUCCAGACUAAUUUGGUGAUAACACAAUUUUCAUUCCAAGACCAACAGAGGAAGAAAAUUAGAAUGCAGAGAAAUUGGCUAAACUGUUAUCUUCUAACUCUCCUGAAACAAUAGAAGAAAUUGAUGAAAAAGCAGAUGAUUGCUACUUUAAGCUGGAAGAUAUUGAAGUAGAUUAAUACCAUGAGAUUAAAAAGUUUGAUAUGAUAGCCUUCUAUAAACAACAUUUAAAUAUAAGAAAAAAUUAUUUUGGGGUUAAAAAGGAUGAAAAAGAAAUACUUUCUUAUUAAAAAAAAUGUCUGAGCAAAGGUACUCUAAUAUAAGUAAACGAUGAAGAGAAAAAGGCAGCCAUUUCACACUUUUAAUUCUUGCUAGAACUAAUGAAAUUAGAAAAAUAUGACGAUUCUAAAUUAGUAUCUAUCCACAUUUAAGAUUUGAAUUUAGUCAGCCUGAAAAAAUCGACUUAAUUUUAUAACGAAGUAACAACUCAAAUCAUAAAGUAGUUAAAUAAAAAUAAGAAAGAAUCUGAAAGUUAUUUAAUUCUUUAAUAUUUGAAGGUCUUCCUGUAUUGUUUUACUCCUGACGAUGAUUUUUUAAAGGCUUUAAUGCAUUUCCUCAUUUUUUAUUUAUAUGAAAACUAAUGGAAAGAUAACAUGAAAAUUAAAAACUACAUACUUUAUAUAAUUCCAUCAAUUAUUAGAAAAAUAGAUUAAGAGAAUCCAAGGAAAUAACUAUUUACAUUGCUCAUCCCUUAGUACGAAAUUAAUGCAUUAAUUCUUUAGAAUAAACUUUGUCUUCCUAUUGCUUUUUGUACAGGUAUAAGCAUUUAAGUCUGUGCAGAUUCUUGGGACACAGUGGAGUAAUUAAAGUAAAAGAUCAUGAAGCAAGUAUAGAUAAAUACUGACAGAAUAAAACCGAAUUACUUGCAACUUUUUGAGCUGCAAUUUAUAGAGGAAAAUAAAACAAUUGAAAAAAUGCUCUUGCCUGAUCAGUAUAUUUGGGAUAUUUUAUAUUUAUAAAAUCAAAAACAAAUUUAAAAGGUUUAAUCCAUGAAAGAAAAAGGAAAUUAUAAUUAAUAAAUGUAGUAGAAAGAAUCUGAACAGUAUAUUAUAUCAAUAUUUAUGAUUAAAGUUUUAUUUCCUUUUACUCUCUAUCCAGACGACAUAGCAGGUAUAAGCCUUUAAUUCAGCUAGGUAUUUUUCGAUAUCUACGUGGGAAAAUAAAUCAUAGAUGAAGUAGAAAAAAUUAUAUAAUUAAGUGCUUUACUUAAGAUUAUAAAUAAUUGCCACUCAGACCAAGAAACUAUGAACUCUCUUCCAUUAAUUAUGCAACAAGAAUCUAGACAAGAAGUGAUUGGACCUAUCAAUAAGGAGUACGAAAGAAUUAAAGGUCUUUUCAAUGUCCUCCAAGCAAAAUAUAUGUACUUGAUGAUUGCAAAAGAUAAUAAAUACUAUUUAGGUCUUUAAAUCGAAGUGAAGUAUAUUCCUCCUGAAAUAGAAAUUUAGGAUUACUAAUGUAAAUUGAAAACCGAGUCUGAAAACGAAUUUAAUUGCAGCUAUGUAGAAGUGAUAUUAGUACUAAAACCAACCUACUUUUUUAUAGUUACAUCUGAAAGCAAAAAGAUAAUAAUAGAAUACUCAUACUAAGACAUAGAAAGGUGGGGAAGAAGCAAAUAUGAUCUUUAAGAUCACAUCCUUAUUUAGACCAAAGGAGGAAUCAAACACUUAAUACAAUCAAAAUACUCUGCUUAAAUAUUAUUCUAUUUCUAAGAAUCCAAAAAUUUAAUGUAAUAGGCUUAUAAUAAUAUCAUUGAUGAUGAAAAUGAAGAGAAUAGACUUGCAAACAAUCAAUUAAUUUAGUAAUUUUUGGAAUACUAUUAAAAUAACAAUGAGCAAGAAAAUUAAUAAUGA